AUGGAGCGGGUGGAGAAAUUUUUCUCACUUUCCCUCUCCUCUCCCUCCUCCAGCCGCCGACUUCUUCCUCUUCAUCUCCUUCCCUCUCUAAGGUCGGUCUUUCUUUCCCUUCUUCUCUUUCUUGGCUCUCCGGCGACUGCAGAAUCCGGCGGCGGCUCGACUAGAUUGGGGGCCCAAGAUUGAUGUUGUUGGAUAUUUAUUCCUUGACCUUGCAUCAAAUUACGAACCUCCUGAGUCACUUGUGAAUGGCUUGAAGCUGGGGACAAGCCUAUUUAUAUUGGUUUUGGUUGGCAGCCUUAGAGUGAAUCUAAAACCCUAACAAGACGCUCAGAGGUUACGYGCCAGUUUUACAUAAUCUGUUCAGUUUUGUUCACUGCCACAAAUAUUCAAACGAAACUGAAACUUAAACCUUAUCUCUAGCGAGAAUGGUGCUAGUGGUCGCUUCGUCCUCUAUUGAUUCUGGAAUUGGUUGCUGGGACCUCCACACGGGUGCGGAACAACUAAGAUACAAGUCUUGUGCUUCUCCUUCUCAUGGUCUUAUAUGUGUUGGUCAACAGUUUCUCGCAUGCUCUCAGCUCCGUGAUCCCGCUGCCACAGCAGGCUCCAUUCUCUACUGGUCUUGGUUUAAGCCUCAAGUAGAAGUUAAGAGCUUUCCGGCUGAAGCAAUAAUGCCAUUAGCUGCCAACAAUGAGGGUACCUAUAUAGUUGGUGGYGGUUUCUCUGGAGAUAUUUACUUGUGGGAGGUUUUGAGCGGUAGACUGCUUAAGAAAUGGCAUGGUCAUUAUAGGGCAGUUACUUGCGUAGUAUUCUCUGAAGACGAUUCCCUAUUAAUUUCCGGUUCUGAAGAUGGCUGUGUUAGAGUUUGGUCCCUUCUAACGGUAUUUGAUGAUGGGUGGCAAAGGGAAGCAAAACAUUUAUAUGAACAUAGUUUCACUGGGCACAAUCUACCUAUUACUGAUAUUGUUGUAGGUUAUGGAGGAUCCAACUCUAUUAUAAUCUCUUCCUCCGUUGACCGGACUUGUAAGGUGUGGAGCUUAUCUAAGGGAAAAUUGUUAAGAAAUAUCAUAUUUCCUUCAAUCGUCGAUGCAAUUGCUCUGGAUCCUGGCGAACAUGUAUUCUAUGGUGGUGGUAGAGAUGGGAAGAUAUACACUGCUGCGCUCAAUGCUAAAAGCCCAUCUAGUAGUGAUUAUGGAUUGCACAUUCUCGGCUCAUUAUCAAAUCAGAGCAAGUCUGUUACUUCUUUGGCUUACUGUGCAAGUGGAAAUUUGUUGAUAUCUGGAUCUGAGGAUGGAGCAAUUAAAGUUUGGGAUACCAGGACCAACAAUAUCAUUCGUGUUCUUAAACAUUCAAAAGGUCCUGUAAAUAAUAUAAUUAUCGUACGACAACGGGUCAUCCCUAAACCGCUGAUAAAUUCUAGUUCCCAAGGUUCAUUGAGAAAGCAUCGUUCACUAGUACCUCCUCCCCUUGCAAAAUUCGAAAAUUCGAAGGACGAGGAUGAAGACACUGGCAUUGUCAUUGGUGUAUCGGGAGAAUUUAUGGGGUUUUCUUCCCCCCUUACUUGUGACGUGAUGGAGAACCAAAUCGCACAACUUCAGAAACAGGGUUGUGCUGCGACAGGAAUGGAGUUGGAACGAGUGAAGCGUGACUAUGGAAGAUCCAUGCAAAUGCUACAGCAGUGGAGAAAAAUGUACGACAAUUUACAUGAAUUUUGUGUAAAUGAGCUUGUGGAUGGCGAUCAAAAUACACGGGGAGGCGAGGUUUAAGUUUUUGCCCGUGUUAGUUUUUUAGAUAAUUGGUAGUCGGAGUUCUGUUCCCCUAUAAGGUUCGGACUUGGAAGACAUGRGAGUUUUUGAUAUUAAGCUUAUCGGAAGGUUUGAACUUGAGAUUUUUAAGUUGGUAUGAUYAAGAGACUCCAAAUCCUUGUCAAUCAAACUGCUYUUUUGGGACGUUUUUGCAUGUGUUAUUCUAUUUUAUUUUUUUAGGAAUUUUGUUUUGUCUCAUCUUGGGUCAGGCUAGAAAUUGUAAACUUAUACGGACCAUGUCACCAAGUCGGAAGUGACAGUGUAGGGGAUGUGUAUAUAUAAUUUUAUUUUCUUUC